AGACCGCCCGCUCUAAUUCCACUCCCCUCCAGGACGUAGCCUGUGCACGACGAGAACACUGAUGGCCAGCCCACAUGAAUUGUACCAGAUGACACUCCUGGGACCAUCAAGCGACUUGUGCUGCGUCCGCGGCGGGGUAUAAAGCACUCGCCCGCACCGUCCCGCUCGGGUUUUGCUCCCGCUCCUCACGCCCUCACCUGGCCUCUGCACCCACUCUGGCAACCUUCGCCGCCGGUCUCUAACCGUUUCGGUGCCUGCCCCCUCCCUCCGUGCCUGCACCGUCGGCUCUCGCCCCCCUCUACGCCUAUUGGACAAGCAUCCCUCCCGCCGACCACGGCGUCUUAACCCUGCCUCGCGCCUUAUCGGGGCGAUAGAUUGACAGUACGUCAUGCGCCCUCCCUCGCGGGCCUCCGUCGUCCGCCCGCUAGCCGCGCGCCGGACUCUGCCACCACUCGCUAGAGCCGUCAAGCGCCCCCUCCACGAGAAUGGAACUGAUCAAUGUGCUGCGAAGAAGGGCGAAUCAUGGCGCGAUAACGGGCGACGCGCUAUAAAGACCGGCGUGCAGCGGGCAGCGCAAGAGGCCUUUUCUGCUUCCCCCUCCUUCGUGCGACGCCUGCCUGCGCUCUCGCUUUACUCUGCUCCUUGCUCGUCUCUUGUCCCACUGGCUUUCUCGGUCGUCGUCGUUGCUUUGUAGCGGUUUUUCUCUGCGCUUCCGUUCCGAUGCGGGUGCUUGUUCUUCGGCGACACUCGGUUCUUCUGACAGCGCUCAAGACCGGCGGACUGAGCCAAGUCGGUACACGUCGUUGAUGUUCGAGCCCACAGACAUGAAACACAUCAAGACACAGACGUUCAUCGGAACAGCCUAGAGAAGCCGGAUAGUGUCCGGCAGGAACGACACAAUAGGGACGUGGGAGGGACCCAGGCGGGGAUGCGGAGGGCGGGACAUACCCGGUUUCGGGGGCUUGUUGUGUCGUGUCAUAAAGGUCGUAGUACUCCUAUGAAGCUCUCUACACCUACCACAUGAGUGUAUGAAUUAUUCAUC